AUGAGCACAUGGUGUGGUGUGGAUGGUACAAAAGUCUGGUACUGAUUAGAAUAGUCUGAAUGAGGACAUAGUGUGGUGUGGGUAUGGAAUUUCCUACCGGUUAGGAGUCCAUAUAGAGUGAGAAAAUUAGCUCCGACGGACUCUCUUUAUCGUCUCUUGCAUCCACCAUUAAAGCCCUAAACCAGUAAAAUCCAGUUCGAUUUCGAAAAACCAGAAAAUGGACACUCUUCGUCUUCAAAUCUCUGUUAGCAAUUUUCCUUCUCUGUGUCACUGUAGUCACAGAAAUAGAAUUCGAAGAUUCAGCUCACUCAAAUUCCAACCCAUUCACAACAAAACCCUAAUUUCUUCAAUUCUCCGCAAACCCAGUUUUGUUAGUCUCCGGCACGUCGGUUGCAGUGCCGAGGCCGCCGACCACCACCACCACGACCACCAACAUCAUGAUCACCACCACGACCACGACCACGACCAACACCAUGAUCACAACCACAAUCAUCACCAUCACCAUCACAAUCAUGGCGGUGAGACUCAGCUGACUAGAUCACAGGAAGCUUUUCUUCGAUUUGCCAGAGCGAUCAGAUGGACUAAUUUGGCGGAUUUCUUGCGGGAACACUUGGAGCUGUGCUGCUGUUCGGCGGCGUUGUUUAUUGCUGCCGCCGGUUGCCCUUACGUGGUUCCGAAGACGGCGGCAAAGUCUCUACAGCAUGUUUUCACUCUCAUUGCUUUCCCUCUGGUUGGGGUCUCAGCAUCAUUUGAUGCACUUAUGGAUAUUACUGGUGGAAGAAUCAAUAUUCAUGUGCUGAUGGCUCUUGCAGCCUUCGCGUCAGCACUGAUGGGGAACUCAUUGGAGGGAGGAUUGCUUCUUGCAAUGUUUAAUUUGGCUCAUAUUGCCGAAGAGUACUUCACCAGCCGCUCGAAUGUUGAUGUUAAGGAGUUAAAAGAAAAUUAUCCAGAAUUCGCUCUUUUACUGGAAGUGAACAAUGAAAAGUUGCCUGAUUUUUCUGAUUUGGAAUAUGAAGAGGUUCCUGUGAAUGGCUUAGAAGUGGGCUCAUAUUUAUUGGUCAAAGCUGGUGAGUCAGUGCCUGUAGAUUGUGAAGUUUCCCGAGGCAGAUCAACAAUUACCAUUGAGCAUUUGACUGGGGAGGUUAAACCAUUAGAGAGGGGAGUUGGGGAUUGUAUUCCUGGCGGUGCAAGGAACUUGGAUGGGAUGAUGAUAGUGAAGGCGAAAAAGACAUGGAAUGAAUCCAUGCUGAGCAGAAUUGUGCAACUAACUGAGGAAGCUCAACUAUGUAAGCCAAAGCUUCAAAGGUGGUUGGAUAAGUUCGGCGAACAUUACAGCCAAGUGGUUGUAGUUCUAUCAGUUGCCGUUGCCUUCAUUGGACCGUUUCUUUUCAAGUGGCCUUUCAUUGGCACAUCAGUUUGCAGAGGAUCUAUAUACAGAGCAUUGGGGUUCAUGGUGGCAGCAUCACCAUGUGCAUUGGCGGUAGCUCCAUUGGCAUAUGCAACUGCAAUUAGUGCUUGUGCAAGAAAGGGGUUAUUGCUGAAAGGGGGGCAUGUACUAGAUGCUCUAGCUUCUUGCCACACUAUUGCAUUUGAUAAAACUGGUACAUUGACGACUGGGGAGUUUACAUGCAAAGCAAUUGAACCAAUACAUGGACAUUUAAGAGACAAUGAGAAAAGCUUUGCUUCUUGUUGUUUCCCCAGUUGCGAAAAAGAGGCUCUUGCUGUGGCUGCUGCAAUGGAGAAGGGAACUACUCACCCUAUUGGAAGAGCUGUUGUGGAUCACAGCAUAGGGAAAGACCUUCCUUCCAUCUCUGUUGAAAGUUUUGAGAAUUUACCUGGUAGAGGUCUUUUUGCAACACUAUCUAGCAUUGAGCCAGGAUUGGGAGAGGGCAGAUUGUUGAAAGCUUCACUUGGUUCUGUGGAGUACAUCACUUCACUCCUCAACUCUGAAGGUGAAUCAAAAAUAAUUAAGGAGGCCGUGAGCACCUCAUCUCAUGGAAGUGAUUUUGUUCGUGCUGCACUCUCCAUUAAUAACAAAAAGGUUACACUAUUUCACUUUGAGGAUAAACCUCGACGUGGUGCCAUAGAUGUGAUACGGACAUUACAUGAUCAAGCAAAGCUCCGUGUAAUGAUGCUAACCGGUGACCAUGAGUCAAGUGCACAGAGAGUUGCGAAUACUGUGGGCAUCAAUGAGGUCUAUUGCAGCCUUAAGCCUGAGGAUAAGCUAAAUCAUGUGACAAGGAUUUCGAGAUAUGCAGGUGGUGGUCUUAUAAUGGUAGGUGAUGGUAUCAAUGAUGCCCCAGCACUUGCGGCUGCUACAGUGGGAAUUGUGCUAGCUCAACGUGCUAGUGCAACUGCUAUAGCCGUUGCAGAUGUGCUGCUGUUGCAGGACAAUAUCUCUGGCGUUCCAUUCUGUAUCGCUAAAUCUCGUCAAACAAUUUCCCUGGUCAAACAAAAUGUGGCACUUGCAUUAUCUAGCAUUAUUUUGGCCUCUCUUACAUCAGUUUUGGGGUUUCUUCCGUUAUGGUUAACGGUUCUUUUACAUGAGGGGGGUACACUUAUAGUUUGCCUCAAUUCUAUCCGUGCUUUAAAUGACCCAACAUGGUCAUGGAGGCAGGACCUUCUGGACACACUGGGUAAAUUGAAAUCUGUAAUUAAGUCUCUUACGAGGCGUGGCGCUACUCCGAACACAAUCCAGGCUGCACCCUUAUGAUGAGUUUAACCGUAGGCUGAUUUUUUUGUGAUUAAUUUUUUAUUAUGUGUGUAAAUAGGAAGAGACUAAAUAGGAAGAACAUGGUUGAAAAUGGCUGAUGAUAUAUGAUAUAAAGUAAAUCUUCAACUCGCCGGAAGUGAACACAAUGAUUAAUUGUUUUGUCUUCUGUAUAUCUCUGUCAAUAGAUACUUGGUAACCAUUUUCAGACAUCAUUCAGAAGUACAACAAUGGCUUCAAUUAUAGUGAUUAACUUGUUCAGCAUUAACACCUUCUGUCUUCUCACCUAGUCAAAGAGCCGCCUCUUCUACACACUUGUUUCCCUCCGAAAGGAUUUUGGAAGAGGUAGGCUGUAAAAUACCCAACAAUUUGGUGACAUUGAGAGACAACAUUUUGACAUGGAAACCCUAGAAAGGUGAAAUCUCUAAAAGGACCUGAAUUCAGGUUUAGGCAACUGUCUAAUGUCGCAGCUUUUAUUGAUGUCACUCCAAACUCGAAUAAUGGUACACCUGCUUGGAAGUCGGGACACUCAAACCACUUAAUAAUGCCCAAAUAAAACCGUUUUUAAACGGUUUAGAAUUCAAUCCAAAGGUGCAUUAGGAUAUAUGUAUUUGAUACGAUUAUUUUUGGAAUUUGAGAUUUAACGGGAGAAUAUUUUCUGAUCAUCAUUUAUAUUCUUCAAACAAGAACUUCUCAACCUUUUUUUUAUUUGAAAGGUUUUUCCAAGCAUUUUUCAAUGUAAGGAGUUGCGAAUUGUGAUACGUUAUAGAAAACACAAUUCAGAUUCUCCCAGCAAUGGUAGCAGUCCAUUCUUAUCCUUUCUUUCAGGGAGGAUAUGCAUGCAUAAAUAACACUCACAAAUAAUUGUUAGAAUGGUAAAGAUUAACUCUGAUUUAACUUUAGGAAUUUGUGUUCUUUCUUGGUGAUUGUUAUCAAAUUUUUUUUUUUUUUUUUUUUUUUUUUUUAUU